AGAAACCAAGACGCGAAGGUUGAAUCUUGUUCGCGACCACCAUGCAGAGCAACUUUGGGGUGUUCGAAGCCGUGACUAUCAAGCUCACCAAGGCCAACAUCAACCAACACAAUGUCACGUAUACCGUCACUGUGUCUAACAAGGACUCGCACGCCACAGUCACAACAUCCAAGUCCGACGACGACUUUGUCAAACUGCAAGGUCACAUAUGCAACGCGUUGGACCGAGGCCACUCGUGCGAUGCGUUGUGUCCAUGGUUCUUCGUGGACGUGCAGGGCAAACUCCCCAAGAAGCCAUGGUUCCGCUCGACAUCGCACGUUCGCGUGGUGGAAGCUCGGUUGAACAACUACCAAGACUUGCUCGAUGUGGUUGUGACGUUUAUCAAUUCUCCGCACAACCGAUCGUGCUGUCGUGCGAAGGAACGCGUUCCAGCAGUGCUGUUUGACUUCCUCUUCCGCGACAACGAGCUGGACCCGAGCAUGUACAAGACGGCGUCGCCCAAGAACGGCCGCCUCUCCACGAGCAGUCAACAUCGACUGUCCGAGCCCUUAGAUGUAUUUCACUGCUCGCUUUGCGGCGACGUCGAUGAUCCGUACUCAUGUGGUAGAACUACACUGUCCUGCAGGCAUUCCUUUCAUGAUGACUGCAUUCUCAAAGCCAUGAACGAAUCCCCAGUGUGUCCCGAGUGCGUUGGUGCGUCCAAGUAAAACCACAUUACAGAGCCCUGUACCACGUAGUACUGCGUAGUACUGGUAUGUACCAGUAACAACGAAGGUACCAGUGAGAAUUUGCCAACUUACUCCGGAGUACUGUAACGUUAGUACUUUACUAUUAAUACUAUUAAUAGUAUAUUUAUUACUUCGAA